UCUCACUUUACUAUAAAACUGGAGGACACAACAAAGGUGAAACAAAACACGGGCCGGAAACCCGAAUCGGAGCGACCCGAUUCGAGGUUCAAGGGUGCUCGGAAGCGGAAAUGGGGGAAAUGGGUAUCGGAAAUCAGGUUGCCGAACAGUCGUGAAAGGAUUUGGUUGGGAUCGUACGACACAGCCGAACAAGCGGCGCGUGCAUUCGACGCGGCUCUUUUUUGCUUGCGUGGCCGUUCAGCGAAGUUCAAUUUCCCCGAUAAUCCACCGGAUAUAGCGGGUGGUGGGUCAUUAACGCAUGCUGAAAUCCAAGCCGUAGCUGCCCGUUUCGCCAAUUCGGCUCCUCCGAGGACACAUGCGGAGGAGCAAUCCACGUCUGGGUUUCAAACGGAAUCCCCUUCGCCAUCGGUUUCGGUCGAGACCGUACGGGUCGACGGCGAGUUGCCGGUCGAUGAUGGGUCGUUUCUCGAUGAUUUGAUAAUGGGUUCGGGUCAUUAUGAUUCGGGUUACGGGUUAUUCCCUGAAUUUGAUGAUUUUUCGAGUGAUUUUACGGGAUUAUUGUCGGUGCCUAACAUCGAUUGUGAAGAAGAUGAUAAUUUGGCUUGGAAUUUAAAUUCAGAACCUUUUCUUUGGAAUUUUUAAAAAAUUAAACUUAAUUAAUGGAGUUUUUAUCCAAAUAUUUGGAGGGACCAAUUUUUUUAUGACCCAUCCUUUCAUCUAUGUAUGCAUAUACAUAUAUGUACGAUAUUCUUGUUUUGAAAGUAUUAGUUUAAUGGAAGAAUAAGGUAAAGCUAAGCAUUCUAGUA